UUUUGCUCAUUGUCGUUUCCAUGGUGGGAGAAAGCAGAGAGAAGAAUGGUUAAAGAUGGAGUCGGCGUCACUGCUCUGCGGAGAGAGGGCAGAGUUGGUAUUUGGCAUGCGUAGAUGUGUAGUUCUGACUUGGGUUGUGGUGCGAUUUUCUCUUUAAUUUGUUGUUGUCAGUACCACCCGCAUUUUGACAAACUCUCCCCCCCCGGGCUUCCAUUGCAACCAAUAAAGCUGAGAGCUUUUCUUCUGCUAGCUCUCUUCUUCUUCUUUUUCACGCCCCUGAGAAGGAAAGAGAGCUCUCUCCUUCUUCUUCGUCACGCUACCGAGAAGGAAAGAGGGAAGGAAAGAAACGCAGGGGAGAAACAGAGGUUUAGGAGGAGGAGGAGGAGGAGGAGAAAAGAAAAGCAUUGUUCGAGCAAAGAGCUUCCCGUGUGAGGCUAUCGAGUUAGGAUACUGGUCCAGGUUCUGAUUGAGCAUCAGCAUCCAGUAAUAGAGCAAUCCUUAGCUUCUACAUGGGUUCACUGUCGGAGACUUCAACAACAGAUAGUUACUGCAAGCCGCCGGGAAUUCGGUUUGUCAAGUACAUAAAGAGAAGUCCCAUUUCCUUCAGAACACACCAAAGCAUUGUCUUGAUAGUCACAUUCCUUGCCUAUACAUGCUAUCAUGCUAAUCGGAAAACCACGAGUGUUGUUAAGAGCACUCUUGAUCCUGCGUCAUCCGAAGUAGGCUUGAAGUUUCAAUCAUGGAGGAGAGGCUAUUUGCCUAGUCCACUUGAAGCCAGAAAUUUUUCUGGACUACUGGGUAGCGAUAGUGGUUGGGCCCCAUUUAAUGGAUCAGAUGGCACGGAAUUGCUCGCUGACCUCGAUGUGGCUUUCCUCUCCAUGUAUGCCCUGGGGAUGUACUGCUCCGGCCAGUUAGGAGAUAGAACGAAUUUGAGGAUUCUCCUAACUGUAGGGAUGAUUGGGACCGGUUUGUUUACUUCACUGUUUGGCGUUGCCUACUGGGCAAACAUACAUAAGUUCUAUUAUUUUCUCAUUGUGCAAAUGGUUGCUGGUUUGUUCCAAUCGACUGGGUGGCCUUCGGUCGUUGCCGUAGUUGGUAACUGGUUUGGCAAGAGUAAGAGAGGGCUUAUCAUGGGUAUAUGGAACGCUCACACAUCCGUUGGCAAUAUUGUGGGUUCUUUGAUUGCUUCUGCUAUGUUGAGCUAUGGAUGGGGUUGGUCCUUUGUUGUUCCCGGCCUCAUAAUUGCAUUUAUGGGUGUAGUGGUCUUCUUAUUUCUACCUGUUAGUCCUGAAUCUGUUGGAGCUGAUAAAGACGAUGACCUGAACCCUCCCAAGAAAGUAGGAGAGGAAGUGACGGACCCCUUGUUAAGCGCUGAUUCGGAGCAUAAGGAGCAAGCCGUGGGGUUCAUACAAGCGUGGAAGAUUCCGGGGGUGGCACCUUUUGCUUUCUGCCUCUUCUUUGCCAAAUUGGUUGCAUACACAUUCCUCUAUUGGCUGCCGUACUACCUCAGUCACACGGCUAUAGAUGGGGAGUACUUGUCCAGCGAAACUGCAGGAGACUUGUCUACACUGUUUGACGUCGGAGGAGUCAUUGGGGGGAUCCUGGCUGGUCACAUAUCCGAUCGCCUGAACGCUAGGGCCAUAACAGCAGCGUGCUUCAUGUACUGCGCCAUUCCGGCGCUCUUUCUGUACAGAUGCUAUGGAUAUGUUUCCUUGCCUGUAAACAUCACGCUCAUGUUCAUCACUGGCAUUUUCGUAAACGGGCCUUAUGCUCUGAUAACAACAGCCGUCUCGGCCGACCUGGGGACACAUGCCUCUCUGAAAGGCAAUUCGCGAGCACUUGCCACGGUGACGGCAAUCAUAGAUGGAACGGGCUCCAUUGGGGCUGCCCUUGGGCCGUUGUUGACGGGUUACAUCUCCACAGAGAGCUGGGGCGCAGUUUUCUGGAUGCUCAUGGGAGCUGCUUUAAUUGCAGGGCUGCUUCUCACAAGGCUUAUUGUCGCCGAGGUGGCUGCAAAGAUUGAGGAGUCGAGAGCGCGAAGGAGUUCCGUCCCUGCCGUCGAAGUGUAAUUGCAAAAGGAGUUCGAUACAUAUAUCAUUACCUGCAACUCCUGGGGUUUGGUUCUUCCAGCGCAUUGCAAGUAGGUAUCGAAUCCUCUGUUCAUGAAUUGAUUUUGAGGGGAAGGCAUCCUUUGUCUCCACGAAGAUGAAGAGGAAGGAGCAUAUGCGCGGAGAGACAGGAAUUUGAAAAGAACGGACUCGGGGGUCGGGGAGGAGUGGCGGUUGUUCUGCUUGUUUGUAUUGCUUUUUGUACAUUUCUGGUGUAUCAUGUUCCAUGGGAUGGAGCUGUGAAAAAGUUACUUCAAGUAAAGAUCAAGUCCGAUUUUGUUAAGUGUUUGUAAACGAGCCACAUUGGAGAAAUAGAAGGAAAAUAUUUCUUUUAA